AUGGUGGGCCACCUGCAUCUGCAGGGCAUGGAGGACAGUCCCAAGGAGCAGGGCCGGGAGGGCUUGCUGGACAGCCCCGACUCCGGGCUGCCCCCCAGCCCCAGCCCUAGCCCGCCCUUCUACUCGCUGGCGCCUGGCAUCCUCGACACGCGCGCUGGGGGCGCCGGCGCCUCUUCGGAGCCCCCGGGACCCAGCGAGGUCAGAGCGCCUCCUUCCCUCCUCCACAACCCCCCAGCCCCCGAGAUGAGAGCCCGGAUGCUGCCUGUGUUCUUUGGAGAGAGCAUCAAGGUGGACCCAGAACCCUCCCAUGAAAUCCGCUGCAACUCUGAGGUCAAGUACGCCUCCGAGAAGCACUUCCGGGACAAGGUCUUCUAUGCACCUGUGCCCACUGUCACAGCCUACAGUGAGACCAUUGUGGCAGCACCCAACUGCACGUGGCGCAACUACCGCAGCCAGCUGACCCUGGAGCCUCGCCCUCGUGCCCUGCACUUCCGCAGCACCACCAUCAUCUUCCCCAAGCACGCCAGAAACACUUUCCGGACCACCCUGCACUGCAGCCUGGGCCGGCCCAGCCGCUGGUUCACCUCCAGUGUGCAGCUGCGGCCGUGCGAGGACCCUGGCUCCCACCUCUCUGGUCCUGCCGCACCCUGA